GAUUCACCUGCGUUCGGUCACGUGUGGGCACACGCCGCCGCCGAGCGCCGAGGAACAAGGAAAUGAGCAUUGUCCGGGCCGUGGGCUGUCCCAGCGAGCUUGCACUUGGUGCGCCCCAACGCUGCUACGAGAGGGUGUCGCGCUCUGCUGAAGAAAGGGAUGCUUGAACUCCACGGAGAAAGACUUCGCUGCUGAGGAAGGCGCAUGCUGGAGGUGCCGGGGUUGCCGUUGGUGAGACGAGGCAGCUAAGGCGGGCGGCGAGCUCUCUCCUUGCCGUGCGUGCCUGCUUGAUUGACAUUGGCUUCCAAAUCGCUGCAACUGUGCCUGAAGAAAAGCAAAGGAGCAUCGUUUUGCUGGGAGAAAUUUCCUGGCAGGGGAAGGCAUGCAGUGCACAGAAAUGUGCCAGGGAAGAGCUGCCUAGUGCCUGCAAGUGCGGGUCCAGGUGCUAGCACAACUUCCACCCAAGCUGGCCAUGCUGCUGUGAAGUCCUUUUUUCCCAGCACUGGGGCGGGCUGCAGCAGGGGCUGCCCAUGGCACUGCAGCACACUGGGCUGGAUUAGUUGUCGGUGUGUCACUGCUUCGGCUGGCUGAAGAGCUGAAGAACAGCACAGGGAAGAUGUUGGACCUGAGCUUCCUGACCGAGGAGGAGUAUGAGAAGCUGAUGAAGGUUCUGCAGAGAGAUGCAGAGCUGAAGAAGAAGGACGGGGAUCGCAUCAGGAGGAUACAAGGCUCCAUCAAGGAUGAAAAGAAGAAGAAGUUUGUGACAGGAGAAUGGUUUUCAGAAGUGAAGGCAAAACGGUUUCAGGAAGACUUGGAGGGGUCGGAUCUGCUUCGGGCAUCGAUCAGAAGAAAAAAAGGCAAAGUAGAAAAUGAGGUUAACGAGCACAUCCGGAGAGGGCUGGACAGCAAAGACGCCCCAGGUCCUCCCUUCCAGGAGCACGCUGCUGGCACGGGAGAGGAGAGAUCCAGCACACCCAUUCUUGAUGCUGCAGAAGAGCGUAAAAUCUUCCCAAAACCGAAGCCGAGACUUUCUUUCCCUCUGUCUGCAUCACACAAGAGAUCCAGUAUACAUGAUGUAUCUUCCUCAGAGAGUGACACUGCAGCAAGUCCACUUGUGGCUACAACUGGCAGCUUACAUUUGUCUAGAAAAGGUAACGGACGAUCUCCACUGCCUGCCACGCUUUCAGAGGAUGCUGCGCCUCAGCCCAGCUGUGCAGCUGGAGGAGAAGUUGUUGAUGGGGCCAGUGGCACCACAGCAGGACCAAAAACUCCACCCGAAGAAACGUAUGCUCCCAGCAAGAUACCAGUUAAGAGGAAAUCAAGCAGAACUCUCCCCAGGUCAGAGCAGUUCGUGAAUCACCUGGGGCCAGCAGAGAACAGCGUGGCAAAGAGAGAGCUGCUGGAAGGGCCCAAAUCACUGACUGCAGAGGGGGAAAGCAGCCAGUCUGUGAAGCACGGUGUAAACUAUACAAUCUCAUCAAUGAGUAAUAAAGAGGAGGAUAUCGGCCUCGAUCGGGAACACUUCAAGAACCUGAAGAAUUUCUGGGAGAAGGGAGCAGACUCUGUGAUGGUGGGAAGUACGCCGGAGGACUCGAGCUCGGGGGAGGCAGAUGGCAGGCAGUUCAAGCUGUGCCGCUUGCUCUCCAUGCAGUCAGCUCAAGGCCAGAACAGUGAAGAAAAACCCGGUGUCUUCACCAAAACAAGAGCCCCUCACAAAAGGACAAUAACGUUGUCUUCCAGCGAGGAAGAACCAAGCUACGUGGCCCCUUCAAGGAAGGGCUCGGUUGCCUUCAUUCCCAGAUCCACGUACGCCAAGAGCAAAGGAGGCCUGGUUACAAGAAACAGCUCGCUGGGCGAAAGCAACGGGAAGCCGCCGGUGCCAGAGGAAGAGAAGGUGGCACAGCACAGCUCCAAGAAAUCCAGAUUGCCAGUGCGAGCGCCUUCCAUCAAAAUCGAGUCGCCUACCAAAGAAGUGUCUGGCAGCACGUCUGAAGCAGAGAUGCCUGCCGACAAGUUCAUUGUGGCAGAAGAACGCAAGUAUGCAAACUGCCUGGCGAGCAGGGUGCAGAUACUCAUUGACCCUGCACUUACAGAUGAUGAGAAAGAGCAAAGAGCUGACUUGGGUACUCAUGACAGCAUGGAAAUAAACGGAGAGCCAGCUGAGGAAAAAGCAUGUGAGUCUUCAGACAAGCCAACAGGCAGAGCACCAGGCGGAGAGACAGAAGUUGUUCAGGGAACGGACUCAGCUGUUUACUCAGAGGAAGAUGGAGAUCGUUCUCCUGCUGCUCAGGCAUUGGCCCGAGCAAAUAACAUCAAUCUUGCAAAGAGCAUGGUGAACAUUUACACAACCACAGAGACAUACAAUAAACCUCAUCUGAUACCUCAUCAGUUUCUUGAACCUGAAAGAGUCAAAGAGCUGAGCAGAUCUUCUCCUCUCCUGUUGUCUGAGACAGAAUCAGACACGGCUUCGGAAAUCAGCUUCCAGUUUAGCAAGCACAAAAAGACGCCUAGCAUUGGCAGCCACUCCUCCGACAUGGCAUCUGUCUCCUCGGUGAGUGGCAGUGUGCUCAGUGUGUACAGUGGCGAUUUUGGGAGUGUGGAUGCCCAAGGUACUGUGGAGUUUGCACUAGAUUAUGACGAGAAGAACCGGGAGUUCCAGGUUCAUGUGUCCCAGUGCAAGGACCUGGCUGUCGUGGAUGAGAAGAAAGGCAGAUCUGACCCGUAUGUUAAAACUUACUUGCUCCCAGACAAAGCUAGAAUGGGUAAGAGGAAAACCUCAGUGAAGAAAAGGACAGUGAAUCCCAUUUACAAUGAGGUGUUACGGUACAAAAUAGAGAAAAUGGUAUUGCUUAUCCAAAAAUUAAACCUCUCUGUUUGGCACAAUGACCCACUGGGACGUAACAGUUUCUUGGGAGAGAUUGAAAUAGACUUGGCCAGCUGGGACUGGAGCAACAGGAAACUCAACUGGUACCCGCUGAAGCCCCGGAGCCUUUCUGCUGUUAAUGGUGUGGAUCACCGAGGAGUGAUGAAUUUGUCUAUUAAGUACGUCCCUCCAGGAAGUCUAGGUCCCAAGAAUCCUCCCUCUGGUGAAGUUCACAUUUGGGUCAAAGAUGUCAAGGACCUGCUGCAGUUGCGUCCUUCUGGAGUUGACUCCUUUGUGAAAUGCUACGUGCUUCCAGACACGAGUAAGAAGAGUUACCAAAAGACCCGAGUCAUCAAAAGAGACACAAACCCUAUUUUCAAUCACACUAUUGUGUAUGAUGGCUUUCAUACAGAGGAUUUAAAGGAUGCAUGCGUUGAGCUGACUGUGUGGGAUCAUGAAAAACUAACCAACCAUUUCCUUGGAGGAAUCAGGCUGGGCCUUGGGACGGGUUUGAGCUAUGGCAUCUCUGUGGACUGGAUGGACUCCACGCAAGAGGAGGUGGCCUUUUGGCAGGAGAUGAUGUCUGCUACCAAUGAAUGGAUUGAGGGGUUGCUGCCACUGCGUUCACUGGCAGGGAGGAAAAAACUGAAAUAACCUACUGUAUGUUCUAGAGAAAGGCUGAACACAUUUGUUAGAAUUAGGAAACUUCCUGCCCUGAGGUGAUCGAGACCAUGGGGCCGGCAGGUGUCACUUUAAUGAGGCAAUUGAUGGCCAGCACUUUGGAAGCAUUAAACGUAAAGUACUAAAUCCCUGACAGAGGCGUUGGGAGGUGCCUGACGCUACACUUGAUUUUGACCAAGAAGAAACUUUGUUUGCCAUUUUGUUUAAUCAUUUAUAUUCAGUGUAUGUGAAUUCCAUUAAGCUCUGGGAACACUGUCAGGGAAGAGGAGGUAUAGAUAUUUUAUUUUUUUUACCGUUUCUUGUGCUGUUGUUUUUUUUCCUGUGCAGAGAUGUAGUUUUCCUAAAGCAGCAGCGUGGAAUUACUCAUAUUUCCCUGCAAGUGGUACACUUUGUACUUGAUGUAGAAUCGCUCCAAGUCACCAGCCAGCAGAGAAUGAGAGCUUUGCGUUUGUCGCUGGUGAUAACACAUCUGUAAUGUGAGGGAAAUUGAGAUCCAAGGUGAAUCCAAAGAAAGAGAGGACUAUUUGAAGCAGAAAAUGAAGCAGCCUGAGGAGGAUAACAAUGAGGAAUUCAAUGCAUUAUUUAUUUUUUUUUCUGCUUUAAAAUGAAAGAGAGAAGAGAUGAUCCUGCAGCUAGUGGGAUUUUGCGACCAGGAGCUGCUUUCCUAGCUGUCCCACAGGCUUCCUCAGUGACCUCAGGCAAGUUACUCUAUUAAAAGACAAUUCCAGUGCAAUAUAAACUGAAGUGCUCGUCCAAAUGUAAAAUAUGGUUACAUUGCUGAUGGACCCAAUAGCAUCUUUGAAAUACCUUGUGUGCAAAACAUUUCAAUACAAAAUAAUGAUGUAGAAAACAGUCUCGUGUUAGCCUGGCACAGUGGGUCAGGAAGGAAAGGUCAGAACCGCUGUGGAAUUCAGUAGGUCUUGGCUGGGAGAGGCAAGCAGGGAGUGAACGAAGACAAAGGGUAGCUGCAGAGCUGAGGCCUGGGGCGAUCUCCUGCCUCUGCAUAUCCUGCUGCCCUUCUCAUCUACCUUUCACCUGAUGCCUCAGCCUCUUGUUCGGAGCUGGAGUCACCUCCCUGCCAAUAGCUUGCAAGAACUUUGCGUCUGGCGCAUUAGCAGCAGCCGAGGGGCAUUACGAAUGCAUUUUGAAAUGCAGCUGUGUAAUUUUUACUUGGAUGUACAUAUUGUGAUUAAACUGAAUGGUUUUCUUUAGUCGUC